AUGGCCACCACCCUCAACAUCGAUGACCUCAUGAGCCGUCUGCUCAAUGUCGGCAUGGCUGGCGGACGCCUCACCACUUGUGUGUCCGAGGACGAGCUGCGCAGCCUGUGCGGCGUCGCCAAGAACGUGUUCAUGAACCAGCCGUCGCUGAUGGAGGUCGAGCCCCCGAUUGUCGUCUGCGGCGACAUCCACGGGCAGUACUCCGACCUGCUGCGCAUCUUCGACAAGACCGGCUUCCCGCCCGAGUGCAACUUCAUGUUCCUCGGCGACUACGUGGACCGUGGCCGUCAGAACAUCGAGACCAUCUGCCUCAUGUUCUGCUACAAGAUCAAGUACCCCGAGAGCUUCUUCAUGCUGCGCGGGAACCACGAGUGCCCGGCCAUCAACCGUGUCUACGGCUUCUACGAGGAGUGCAACCGCCGCUACCGCAGCCAGCGCCUGUGGCAGUGCUUCCAGGACACGUUCAACUGGAUGCCGUUGUGCGGCCUGAUCGGCGACCGCAUCCUAUGCAUGCACGGCGGCCUGUCCCCGCAGAUCCAGCACCUCGAUCAGCUGCGCAACUUGUCCCGCCCGUCGGACCCGCCAAACCCGUCGCUCGGCAUCGACCUGCUGUGGGCCGAUCCGGACAACUGGGUCAAGGGCUGGCAAGCCAACACCCGCGGUGUGUCCUACGUGUUCGGACAGGACGUCGUCAUCGAUUUCUGCGAGCGCCUCAACCUCGACCUGAUCGCCCGUGCCCACCAGGUCGUCCAGGACGGCUACGAGUUCUUCGCCAACCGCAAGAUGGUCACCAUCUUCUCGGCUCCGCACUACUGUGGCCAGUUCGACAACUCGGCCGCCACCAUGAAGGUGAACGAAGAAAUGGUGUGCACCUUCGACGUCUACCGCCCCACGUCAAAGACCGUCCGCAUGCAGCGCCAAGGA